CGUGACUUGGCGAAGUCCACCUUCUUCCCCCGAACACAAGGCACUCUCAUUUGGACUGUACCGGGACGGAAUAACAGUCUGUAUACAUUGAUUAUUAGGAUGCGUUAUGUUAGGGGGAAGACGGUAGUCAAGGAUUGCGGAACAGCAGGAGCAGGAGGAGCCAUCGUGGGUGCGGGAAGACGGUAGUCAAGGAUUGCGGAACAGCAGGAGCAGGAGGAGCCAUCGUUGGUGCGUCUCAGGAGCGGUGACGUGGCGCAUUUCACAGUCUCUUUCCCCGAACAUAACGCACCCUGAUUCUGAAUGUACACAAGCCGUCUUCCCGGUUGGAUGCAGUCAUGAUGGGGGUGCGUUUUGUUCGGGGGAAGAGGCUGUCCAAGGAGUGUGCAAUAUCAGUAUCAGUACGACGCGAAGGCAUCCGUGCGUUUCAGCAGCAGUGAGGUGACACAGUAUAGCCAAGGAGUGUGGAAACGCAACAAUUGCAGCAAAACAAAAAUCACAGAAGAGAGAGGGGAGGGUGGUAUACAGCAGUAGGAGGAAGGUAGGGGGAAGGAAGGGGAUGAACACGAGAGAGCACGACGGCCGACGAGCCGGUAGCAAGGACCAAGACCGGAAGAAGAGAACUCUGGGGGAGAGUUAGGGCAUACUCACACUACAGUAGGAGGACGUCUUCUACAAAGCUGUAGACGUGAUUGCGGUGAGAUUCAUCCAGAUCUGGACGUAAUCGCAGUCAGAUGCAUUUAGAAAAGAGAUAGUGUGAGUGGAUCCCCUCAGAGUGAGAAAAACGGGCUGCGAUGGAGAGAUCCGACAGCGCGGAGCUGGACGAACAUAGCCAAGAGGAUGACACGUCGGAGUCGUGGAGAACACACAAGAAGCAUUUCUUCAUUCUGAGCAAUGCAGGAAAGCCAAUUUAUUCACGGUAUGGUGACGAGCACAAGCUGGCUGGGUUUGCGGCAAUUCUCCAGGCUAUCAUGUCAUUCGUCGAGAACAGUGGGGACGUCAUCCGUGUCAUCCGCGCAGGCAAACACCAGGUUGUUUUCCUUGUAAAAGGUCCGCUCUAUCUGGUAUCGAUCAGUGCAACAGAUGAACCAGCAUCAGCACUCGAGGGGCAGCUCGAACUCCUACAUGGCCAGGUGAUGAUGAUUCUCACUUCUGCAGUGGAUCGCUGCUUGCUGAAGAACCCAAAGUUUGAUAUGAAGCCUCUUCUUGCGGGAACAGAAAACUGUUUCUCAUUGCUUGUACAUAGUUUCAGUUGGGAUUUUGCAACGUUUUUACACGCGUACACGAGCCUAUGGAUGCCUCACUCAUCCAGAAAGGCAGCGACAGCAGCUAUAGAAGAUUUGUAUGAUGGACUGCUAUAUGGCUUGUUACUAUGUGGUCCAAAGGUUGUUACACUCUUCAAUGCCCGGAAGACAAUUUUGCACCCAGACGACAUUCUCCUUCUAACUAGCGUGGUGGAAAGGGAGGUGGUCCAUGCAAUAGAGGUUGUCCCAGGUAGUAAGGUGCCUAGAGGACGAAUCUAUAGGAUGUCUCCUGCGGAGUUAGAUGAGCUUCGCCGCCAGCUUAAAGAGCUCACAGAGAAGGGAUGGAUACGGCCUAGUACCUCCCCUUACGGUGCGCCAGUCUUAUUUGUUCCUAAGAAGGGAGGUCCAUUAAGGAUGUGCGUUGACUAUAGGGGCCUCGAUGCCAUCACCGUAAAGAACGCGGAGCCCCUACCCCGCAUUGACGACCUCUUGGAUAGAGUGCAGGGAUGUCGGUACUUCACAAAGAUAGAUUUGAAGUCCGGAUACCAUCAAAUUGCCGUUAGGCCUGAGGACCAACACAAAACCGCAUUUCAGACCAGAUACGGUCUGUACGAGUUUGUGGUGACGCCUUUUGGCCUAUGCAAUGCGCCUGGUACGUUCCAGCACGCGAUGAAUAGGAUCUUUCAUGUCUACUUGGACAAGUUUAUCGUCGUGUACCUCGACGAUAUUCUCAUCUUCAGUAGGAUUGUAGAGGAGCACGCUGAGCACUUGAAAAUAGUGCUAGGUCUCCUAAGACAGCACCAGUACAAGGUAAACUUGGAUAAAUUCGAGUUUGGUCGCACCAAGAUCUUGUACUUGGGUCAUGAAAUUUCAGCAGAUGGAUUGAGGCCGGAAGAUGCGAAAGUGGCCAGCAUACGUGACUGGCCCAGACAUCAAACUGUUACUGAGGUCAGAUCGUUUUUGGGGAUGACGGGCUACUAUCGUCCGUUUGUGAAAAACUAUAGUACUAAAGCUUCCCCAUUGACAGAUCUUACUCGACUUGACACCCCUUGGGAGUGGACUGAAGAGUGUGAGGCAAGCUUCAAGCAAUUGAAGUAUGCUCUAACACACUACGAAGUUCUCAAACUUCCCGAUCCUGACAAGCCGUUUGUCGUGACAGCAGACGCCAGCCAAUAUGGCAUUGGCGCUGUCCUUGCACAACAGGAGGGGCCAAAGUUGAGACCGAUCGAGUAUAUGAGUAAGAAGAUGCCUUCCAAGAAGCUAGCUGCGUCCACUUAUGAAAGAGAGCUCUACGCCCUAUAUAGAGCGCUAGUUCAUUGGCGACAUUACCUCCUAGGGAGAUUUUUCUAUGUGAGGUCUGACCAUGAGACUCUGUGCUGGAUUAAGAUGCAGCCCGUGUUGUCUGACACACUCGAGAGAUGGAUUCAAGUGAUAGAUAUGUAUGACUAUCAACUUGAUCCUAUCAAAGGUCCGUACAACAAAGUGGCAAAUGCGCUGUCAAGAAGGGCAGACGAUCUAGGCGCACUAGUAACUGAAUUCGGCAUAUCUAACGAUCUUACUCGAUCGCUGGUGGAAGCCUAUCAGGGAGAUACAGUUAUGUCAGAGAUCAUUCAUAAAUUCCUUCAAGCAAAGGACAAGAAGACUUUGGACGAAUUUACCAUGGUAGAUGGCUUGCUGUUCCUUGAAAAGGCAGGGUUUAAAAGACUAUGUGGGGACAUUUGUCUUAUCCUGGUGACGGCGUACUCGGAUGCCUUCUAUCAGUUAAAGGAGGCGAGGUUGAGGAUUGAGCGAGAUUUAAGGAAUUCAGGUGUUAUCCAAGACAUUGUGCAGUCAUACGGCCGAGGCAGCGUACGAGUCGAGGAUAUACCUUACCCAGUACCGUCAUUCCGUGAUGCGUUCUACUCAGGGCUUUCUAGCCCUGCAUUUUCUUCCACCUCCUCCUUUGCGUCGAGUUCAGCAGCAUUCGGUGCUACAUUGGCCACGGGGUUGGCCGGAAGCAAUGACACAGCUCCGCCGAACAGCGUGAGGCACAUGGAGGCAAACAACACAAGGCAAGUGGAGGCAAACAACGCAAGACAAGUGGCGGCAAACGAUGCAAGGCAAGUGGAGGCAAACAAUGCAAGGCAAGUGGAGGCAAACAACACGAGGCAAGUGGCGUCGAACGAGGCAGACGAGCCAGUGAGGCUAGAGCAGACAGCUGUCAGUGCCCUUGGAGGACCAGGGGGACUCUGGCAUUUCCUCUAUAGAAGCAGGUUUCUUGACCAAUAUGUUUCCUCUGAAUUUUCACCGCCAUUGACGACGAGGGAAGCGCGAAAGAGUCUAUUCCGGUCCUACCAGCGGGUAUUCGUGUCCAUGCAAGGCGGAGGAGGAAUGAGCAGUGGCACAAAGAUGGAGUGCAGGAGAACAGAACAGCAUUUUUUGCUGGCUUGGAGAACAUCAGACUUUGAGCUAUUCGCAAUGUUCGAUCCCCUUGCUGAAAAGGAGUACGCAGUCGCAGUGUGUAACCGUAUCUGCAUCUGGGUAAGGGAGAACGAAUGUGAUGUGUUUUUGGUCAGUAAUAAUGGCCCUAUGACCUGGUGAAAUAAUUUUUUCAAUUUAGUGCCCUGUCAUUUUUUAAAUGAGCGGACAACCGCAAAAGGGAAUGGAGAGAGAGAAGAGGAAAUGUGGAGAAGCAGACAGCAAUUGCUGACGCCAAUGAUGCUCGUUGUGGUGCACGAGUCCAUCUGUUGGUUCGUUCGAUGGGAAGGAGACGAGGAGACCGUGAUGCCGCUCUCGAGUAAUUGGCGAAGUUGGCGCAUCGACCAAGUCGUGACUUUGUUUACUGGUGUCAUAUUAUAUGGCCAGCCUGAGUGAAGUGUUUCUCGAACGGUGCGGCAAAAUUACACAGGCCAAUUCUGCACUUCAAUCAAGCCAUUUCUUGAUUUGUGACGUUCGUUUGUUGCAACACCAUCGAUUACGCCCUGAAGCAUCAGCUUCCCCCUGCAAGUUUAUCGUCAUUUAACCAUCCUCUAUGCCCUGAAGCAUCAGCUUCCCCCUGCAAGUUUAUCGUCAUUUAACCAUCCUCUAUGCAUGGCAGGCGAGUAUGCAGGCAGGCAGGCAGGCAGGCAGAGAUUACCUCAGCAGGCAGGAGGAGAUAGUCGCCUGUCGGCAUGAAUGAACAGAGAGCCCUGUCUGGGGUGAAGGUUGAGGCAUGACAUUGGGACGACUCAAUCGUCCGGUCGAGAAAGGGUGGUAGCCAGUGACAGGCCCCGAAGUGAGGGGGCGAGCACCCCUUCCUUGGAAGGAUAACUUGCUUAAUAGAGUUGUUGGACAUAUAGAUCAUGGAAGAUGUUCUCCGAUUGUGGUCGUGUUUGUGAGAAGAGGCGGCGGAUGUUUAGGUGCAUUGACUCGUCCUUGACAAGUCGAUCAGGUGCAAGAAGGGGCAGUUAUAGCCGCUGUUUGGUCCAAAGUGAGGAGGAAAUGCACCCUCUCUUGUUGGAAGGACAAUGAGAGGUCAGGAGGAGGGUCGCUGGACGUAUGGAGCAUAGAAGACAUUACUUUGAUCCUCAUCUAGUUGUCGGGUUUGUGGGAAGAGGAGGUGGGUCCGACUCCUGCAUUUCAGCGACGGUCGCAUCCGAGCGAUCGUCCUCGAGGAGUCAGACUCACCUCAUCUAGUUGUUGGGUUUGUGGGAAGAGGAGGAAGAGGAUGAGGUGGGUCCGACUCCUCAAGGACGGUCGCUCGGGUGCGACCGUCGCCGAAAUAAAGGAACGUGUUGCUUGGCGCCGUUGGCGGGACUUCACAAUGGCGCAGGCACGGCAAGAAAGCAAUCAGGCGUGACGAAGAUGGAGGGAUUGGACACAACAUUACGGCAAUGCUGCUGAAGGAAGCAUCGAUACGAGGGGAUGCUAUGGAAGAAAGCAUAUAUACGAGAGGAUGCUGAUGCUAUUGAAGGAAGCAUCUAUACGAGGGGAUGCCGAUGCUAAUGAAGGAAGCAUCUAUACGAGGGGAUGCGGAUGCUAAUGAAGGAAGCAUCUAUACGAGGGGAUGCUGAUGCUAUUGAAGGAAGCAUCUAUACAAGGGGAUGCUAUUGAAGGAAGCGUCUAUACGAGGGGAUGCUAUUGAAGGAUGACAAACAGUUGCAUUUGGGCAAAAGGACAGAAUUGCCAAAGAAAUGGGAGAAAAGUAUAUAGAGGACUUCCUACCCCCUUAGCUGGAGUUUUUUUGUCUGUCACAUGUGCUGGUGCACGUUACGGACUCUAAAUGUUUAUUCACUUAUAUUCAUCUUACCAGCACCGCUCUUGUUGGGAGGGGAUCUCCCUUUUCUCUCGUCUCUUCCGUCAUGUUUCUUUGUCUAAUGAAGUCUAUCCCCCAUC